UACGUCCAUGUACCCCCCGGCCUCCCGCUCCCUUUCCCCCUGCCCCAGGAGUCUCCUGUCCUUGUGCCCCAUUGGCCAUCGCUGAUCAGGUGGACAGAGGAUGCCCAAAAUCUUCCCUAAGACUCGAAAACACGCCAUCAUUCGCCUCUCCCGCGUUCCUUGGAAGCAGUUGACGUGCCAGCUGCGUAUUUGACGGCGCCCGUUCGGCCCUCUAGACGAUCAGCUAGGACCCUUUUCCACCGUUUCUCCCCCCGUCGUUUGGUUUUGAGCACUACAGGGUCGAAGCCGGCGUGUGAGGAUGGGGGCCGGAGCGAGUGCAGAGGACAAGCACUCCAAAGAGCUGGAGAAGAAACUCAAGGAGGAUGCAGAGAAGGAUGCCAGGACAGUCAAGCUGCUGCUGCUGGGUGCUGGAGAAUCAGGAAAGAGCACAAUCGUCAAACAGAUGAAAAUUAUCCAUCAAGAUGGUUACUCUCUUGAAGAGUCCAUGGAGUUUGUCACCAUCAUCUACAGCAAUACCCUUCAGUCCAUCAUGGCGAUUGUAAAGGGCAUGACUCAACUCAACAUCGGCUACGGUGACACCGCUCAGCAGGACGAUUCCAGGAAGCUCAUGCACCUGGCAGACACCAUUGAGGAGGGUUCCAUGCCCAAAGAGCUGUCUGACAUCAUCAUCCGGCUGUGGAAGGACACUGGUAUCCAGGCAUGCUACGACAGGGCCUCUGAGUACCAGCUUAACGACUCCGCUGGAUACUAUCUGAAUGACUUGGAGAGGCUGGUGCAGCCUGGAUACAUCCCCACUGAGCAGGACAUGUUGCGAUCAAGAGUAAAGACCACUGGUAUCAUAGAGACCCAGUUCGGCUUAAAAGACCUCAACUUCAGGAUGUUUGACGUGGGCGGCCAGCGCUCAGAGAGGAAGAAAUGGAUCCACUGCUUUGAGGGAGUGACCUGUAUUAUCUUCAUCGCUGCUCUGAGCGCCUAUGACAUGGUGCUGGUGGAGGAUGACGAAGUGAACCGAAUGCACGAGAGUCUCCACCUGUUCAACAGCAUCUGCAACCACCGCUACUUUAUUGCCACCUCCAUCGUACUCUUCCUCAACAAGAAAGACGUCUUCACCGAGAAGAUCAAGAAGGCUCACCUCAGCAUGUGCUUCCCCGACUACGACGGCCCCAACACCUAUGAGGAUGCUGGCAACUACAUCAAACUCCAGUUCCUGGACCUGAACUUGCGGCGAGAUAUCAAGGAGGUCUACUCACACAUGACCUGUGCCACAGACACAGAGAACGUCAAGUUUGUGUUUGACGCCGUAACCGACAUCAUCAUCAAAGAAAACCUAAAGAGUUGUGGUCUCUUCUAAGAGCCACGCCGUAUAGGGUGUUGGUUUACCCUCUGAAUCCUAUCCCCUUCCCCCUUCAAACUGCGGGUAACAAUCUCCUCAAGAAGACCGGACGAAGGAGACCAACACAGCGACUGUCUCUGGAAGCUGCCAUUCACAAAUGAUGACACUACACACACACACACACACACACACACACACACUGACAUGAAUUCAUACAAAAAGCAGCAUCAUAACCAAAGACAUUUAAGUUCAUUUGAGACCUGGAAAAUAGGUGUACUGUCAAAAUAAGAGGAUCUAUACUGUACAGAUUUAUGUUAUAAGUCAAUCAUAGUCAAGCUAUCGUCCUUAAAUGUCUUGAAUAGGAACUCCUUUUCCAUUUGCAGUGCUAUGCAACCUGUAGUUGAAACAUCGGCGCCUGUCAGCAGAAAGCGCUUCUUCCCCCAGACAGUACAUUUGAAUAGGUGUAAGGCAAUGUAUCAUCUCUAUGCUCCAGUAACUGGCAUAAAAAGCUAUAAGAGAUGGCCUCAUCACCUGCAGACAUAUUUCAACUUGCGUGACAACAAGUUACAAAACCCAUUCAUCAGCAAAAAUGGGUUGUAUGUGUAGAACAGAUAUUGAGCUGUACGUAUAGUGGGCACAAUAUGAAAGACCUCAAGCUACAGGAGAGGACCAAUGACAUGAAAUCGGACCAAUUCAUUCUUAUAUGUCAAACAUCACAGAAUUGUAAAGUUGAGGGUAACUUGUAUCUAGAACUAUUUCACUGAUGAGCGACUGUAGUAAAGAUGCAGUAUUUUUAUGGAUGUAGCUUGGUCACAUACUAAUUUGAAUACCUUGUAAGUCUUUGGGCCACAUUCUGUACAGAAAUAAAACAUGAAAUGUUCAUGUGAAAUCAGAAAUUAAGUUAAAGCUUCUGUAGAAAACUAACCUCUGAACUAAUUACUAAAUAAAUUCACCUCAAUAUGGUCA